AUGGUGUUCACACUUAAGAUCGGCGGCUGUGCCAUGGACUACCAGGACGGCGCACUGCCAGACGACAAGGCGCAGCACCGCAUGUACAGCAACAGGCUGGCACGCCUCUUUCGGGACAUGCAACACGCCACCCACAUGCCUCUCCGUUCCCCUCCUCCCCCCCCAGGCGCAGCACCGCAUGUACAGCAACAGGCUGGCGCGGCUGCCGUCUGUGGUGGAGUUUGUGUCGUUCGUGUUCUUCCCUGGCGCCGCGCUGGUGGGACCCGUGUUCAACCUGAAGCAGUACCAGGCGUACGCCGCUGGGCAAGGGGUGAGUGCGGGGAGGGGUGGGUGAGGGAGAGGGGAGGUGGGGAAUCAAUACGCGCUGUGCUGGUGGGGCCCGUGUUCAACUUCAAGCUGUACCAGGUGUACGCCGCCGGGCAAGGGGUGAGAGACGGGAGUGGUGGAGAGAGGAAGUACGUUGCUGGGCACAAGUACGUGGCUGAGCAAGGGGUGAAGGUGAGUGCGGGGAGGGAAGUGAAGGGGAAGGUCGAACUAUGGUCGCCCUCUGGAGCCGUGGUGCCAAGCAAGACAGCUGAUACCAGCAAGGGGGAGGAGGGGCAGCAGGCACAGAACGGAAACGGGGAGGCAGACAGGGCGCAGGGCGAGAGCAAGGGCGAAAAGGUGUGCGAGGGGAAGGGCGAGGGGAAGCUGCGAAAGAUGCCGGAGCCGCUGCCGUAUGCGGCGCAGGCGCUGGGGAAGGCCAUCAUCUUCUUGGCGAUGCACCACUUCCUCUCUCAGCACUUCGGCCCCGCCCUGCUCUUCCAGCCGCGCUUCCUCACCUACGGGUUUGCGUACAAGUGA